AUGGCAAAGCACUCACCGACUCCCGCAUCGCGCGGUACGUCCAAAUCACCCAAGCAGAAGACCAAGUCAUCACCUUUACGAGAGGUGCAGACAUCUGCUGAGAAACCCGACCCGUCCUCCAAUGCCGAACCCGCCAAGCCUCUCGCACCACCGCCCCGUCCCAACCAACAGUCCGGAAACACCCCAGACUAUUUUGCGAGCCAGGUUGGCGGGGCUGGCGGCUCACUGAGCCUCGAGCCGAACCCCUUUGAGCAGUCGUUUGGCGGCAGUAGCAGUGCGGGCGGAGAUACUCCGAACGGGACAAAAUUGCCGUCCGUGGCCUCUCUCACCUCGCCGUCGUCGCUUCUGCCCGGCGGCACGACACCGUCAUUCAAUUGGGGUGGUGGGUCGCUCCGGACUGGUCCUCUUAGCCCGGCGAUGCUGUCCGGUCCCACAAACGACUACUUUGGCGACACCCAUCUGCGUGGCGGCUUCCCCACACCCAAUGAAUCGUCAAUGAGAACGGGCUUGACCCCUGGCGGCAGCGGCUCCAUGUUUCCCGCGCCAAGUCCCAGUUCCCAGGCCGUGUUCGCGCAGCUCCAGAGCGGUGGUGCUACACCUGGAACAUUGGACUUCCACCGCACCGCUAUGACCGCCGCGGCAUCCAAGCGCGAGCAGCAAACUCAGCUGACCAACCAGGUCAACCAGCAGCAGACCUCGGCUCCGACAAGUGCGCCGCAGGACCCGCCUGCCGCCUCCGUGCCUGCCUCGAAGCCUGAAGCAAAGGCAUUCGACCAGGAUAGUAAUGCAGCCAAUAGUCUUUACCUGCUUGCUCAGGGUCGUGGCAGUGCCCAGCCUCAGGCUCAAUUUAUUGCUCCCCCGCCACCACAGCCGGUGUCUAACACUGCUGUUCCACUGCCGCCUUCUGUUGCCGGCAUGCCGAACGCUCCGCCUGUCGUAAACCAGACGCCCGUGCCAAUUCCAGUCAUUCCCGGUCAACCUCCUGUGCGUGGUGCCAAUGGCACUUCCAUGACAAACGGUCAUGGUGCCACCAACGGCACUGGUGCGUCCAAGAACGGGCGCAGUACUAGCGAGGCUGUUAGUGCCGUGUCGGAUGAGAGUGAACCCGUGCGCACUAAUGCAAAGGGGAGAGGCAAGCGCAACUCGUCUGGCGACAACGGCACUGCUGGCAACAACCGGAGAAAGGCUUCUGAUGCGCCGGUCAAAGGCCCCGCUGCCAAGAAAGCAAAGACCGCCGCCGCCAUUUCGCCACCACAAGACGACAUGUCCGGCGACGGGGACUCGCAGUCCGACGACGACGAUAACCGUCUCGGCAAGGACGGCCAGCCCCGUCCCAAGAUGACUGAGGAGGAGAAGCGCAAGAACUUCCUUGAGCGCAACCGUGUCGCGGCGCUCAAGUGUCGUCAACGCAAGAAGCAGUGGCUUCAGAACUUGCAGACCAAGGUUGAAUUGUACAGCACAGAGAACGAGAACCUCUCUUCGCAAAUCAAUCAGCUGCGCGAAGAAAUAGUGAACCUCAAGACGCUGCUCUUGGCUCACAAGGAUUGUCCUAUUACGCAACAACAGGGCCUUCACGGGACGUAUCUGCAGCAGUCGAUUGAGCCCUUCAACCAGCAAAUGAACCCCUACGGCAUGGCCGCGCCCAUGGCAAGCCAGCCAGUGAUUGCUGGCCAGGUUAAUACCCGGCGGUUCUCUUAG